AGAGCCAUGUGGUCCAGCCAUCCCAUGGAGUUACCCAGUUCCACCCUCCAGAGCCCAACUGCCCUAAAGACCAACGGCCAGUGGAGUGACCCACCGUGCUACACUGGCCAAGGACCUAUAAUCCAGAAGGCUACUGGAAAAGAGUCUCCCCCAACUCCUCUGGCUGAGAUCAGGUGGGGACUGAGAGAACCUGAGCCAGGCCAGGGCUGCAAGCCAGUGCUGCUUGAGAAAACCAACCACCUGGGCCCUGCGGCUGGCACAGGCAGUGGGGGCCGAGAGGCAGCCUGUGCUGAACUGGUGCUGUUGGCGGACCCAGGCAAGUUCCAACUGGGAAAACUGCUGCCCCGGGAAGCACUCCAGAAGCAAAGGCAGAGUGCCUUCAUGGAGGCGCAGCAGCUUAAGGAGAGGCUGGGGGGCAAUCAGGCCCAGAGGAGAGAGCAUAAUGACCCCACAGCCCAGCCUGGCUGCCAGCAGCUGACCCAAGAUGUCCCCGCGUGCCCAGUGGGCAACACGGUCGUCUCUGUGUGGCCCAGCAGAGCCCGAGGCGGGCAGAGAAGCGCCUUCAGCAAACCAACCAAGUGUCCAGCAGAGAAGCCUGGGCCACCCCCUGUCUUCCCAGCCAACCAAUCUGCAGAUUCCCCAGGAGACCUGUCAGGAAUCACCAGCUCUGCAGACCUGCCUCAUUGGAGUCAAUUUUCAAAUGCCAACUUUUGUAUAGGUGAUUUCUGGAACUUACAGAUGUUGCCACAGAAUGUUCUACUCUCCAGUGCUUUCCUGGGUGGCUCCACGCUGUGGCUGAAGCACAAGGUGGCCCAGAUACCCAUGCCCUCCUGCCUCUCCUCUGCUUCCUCAUUGACCCACGUGCCACUCACGUUCACCAAACUGGGCUUGUGCACCCAGAACUGGUGUGCAAAAUGCAGCCUCUCCUUUCACCUGACAUCUGACCUGGUCUUCCACAUGCGGUCCCAUCACAAGAGGGAGCAUGCAGGGCCUGACUUGCAUUCUAAGAAGCAGGGAGAAGAGGCCCUCGCAUGCCCUGUCUGCCACGAGCACUUCCAGGAGCGCCACCAUCUCUCCCGGCACAUGACAUCUCACAGUUAAACAGGUGGCCAUGGGACACACCUGUAGGUGCAGCAUUCACCUGUGUUUGGUGAUGAGGCAGGCAUGGCAUCGAGUCUUCUUUUGAAAGGCCUGGUCACUGUUGUGGGCAGGGCCAUCUUCUUUGGCAUGUCUAGAUGAACAGCUCAGUCAUAAUUUGAAAAAGACAGCCAAGUCGUGCAGUGCACUUUGAAGGAAAUAAAAUCAUGAAAUAAGAUGAUUCACUUUACUAAUCCAGGGUAUUAGAACUAAUAGACAUAGAGUGUUUCUAACAUCUUCACGAGUGGGGCCAUGCUACCAUUCUUUUGGCUCCGUAGAGAAACAAGUUUGAGGCACAACGUGAGCUUUGGAGAUAAACCUGAAUUUGAAUCUUGAUUCUUUCAUCUAUUAGCCAUGACUGUGGACAAGUUGCUUCAACCUUCUGAGCCCCAGUUUCAUCUGUAAAAUGGAGAUGAUAACACCUGUGUCUUAGAUAUGUAGUCAGUCUGGGUUAUAUAGGAGGCUCCAGGUAAAAUGGCCAGCAUAGUGCCUGACACACCAUGAGCAUUGCAUAAAUGAUCUUUAUUAUCAUGUCAGUACUGGUCAACUACUGUUAGGUAACAUACAAUCUCCCUGGCAAAUAACAACAAACAUCUAUUUUUCAUGGGUCUCUGGGUUGGCUGGUGUAGAGCUGGUCUUGCAGGUUUGAUUCAGGUUCGUGUUCUCUUCUGAGACUGACGGGCUACCCAGAGCAUGU